AUGACAAUCUCUCCCGCUCCAGCCCUGCAGCUGACCAGUGACAGCAAGACCUUCUGGAGGGUGGAAGAGGAGCUGAGCUGGUCUGAGGCCCUGGAGUACUGCCGGCAGCGCCACACAUACCUGGCCGAUCUGCAGAGCACAGGCGACUGGAGCAACAUCAAGACCCUCUCUUCCCUUACCAGCAGCCCUGCGGCCUGGAUCGGCCUCUUCUUCGACGUGCGCCUCGGGGGCCUAAGAUGGUCCAGCGGCUCCACCUUCAGCGUGCCAGUGCGGAGCUCGCCGCCGUUCUUCGAGGAGGGUCUCUGUGCCACUCUGUAUUCAAUAGCCAUUUUCCCCAGCCUGGGGGCUGCCUCGUGCACUGCUCAGAAGCCCUUCAUCUGCUACUACGAUCCUGCCCUGGAGCCCCACACCCUCCUGGAACCGGCUCUCAGCCUGACCACCUCUCCAAAGCCAGCUGAGGUUCAGAUCAGCAAUCUGAACUUCAAGCGAUUUGACCAAGAAAGGAAGUGGCUGGCAGCUGUGCGGUACUGCCGCAGACACCACACAGACCUGGCUGACCUGCAGACAGUGACUGAGGAGACAGACAAGGAGGCCCUGAAAUCCAUCACGAGUAAGACUGAGGCCUGGGUUGGCCUCUACUUCAGUGCAGCCUCUGGGUCUCUGAGAUGGUCCAGUGACGCGGGUGCCAGCGUCCUGACCUGGCUGCAGGUGCCUGAGUUUGGGGCAGGACUGUGUGCAGGUCUCUGCAGCUACUGGAGCUUCUCCUCCAGAAUUUCUGCAGUGGCCUGCUCUUCCCUGAAACCCUUCACCUGCUUUGAUGACCCCACCAUUGGACACCGGGAGUCAGCAGCCCUCCCUCAGCUCUCCUACACACCCUCCUCAGAAGUGACCAUGGGGACAACGCCCAGGCCAAGUACCCUCCCCUGUUUUCUGCUCUCUAUGGGUGCUUUGAGCCUGUUCUUGGCUGGAUUCUGGGGUCUCCAGGGCCUGGGAAGUGGAGAGGAUGGCCUGGAUGCAGCAGCACAGGGUGGGUCCCAUGGGAUCCUCCCCAAAGGGAGGGGCCAGGAAAGAGAUGAACCAACGGGGUGGCGACCAUGGGCCACUUAUGGAGAGGGAUUUCCCUGGGCCCCCCACUCUGCUGGGGCCAUGCGCGGAAGAACCGCCCGGCCGCUGGAGGGCCCUGGAGCCCCGCGCACCGCGGUCCCCGCCCCGCACCACCUCCCCCCACAACACUCCCCCCCCCUCCCCCCCCACCCCGGCCGCUCGGCGCAGCGGGCCCCACGGAAGCCUUCUCUCCGGCGUAGGGACCUGCGCCGGCCCCGCGCAGGGUCUGGCUGCGGCGGCGCGGCUCCCGCAGCUAGUCAGCCCGGAGCCCGCCGAGCUCGGAGCCCGCCGAGCUCGGCCCCCGCCCCCGCGCCCCCCGCGCUUCCGCCUCCGCCGGCCCUGCGGCGCCACAGACCCAAGGGACGGCGGCGCCCAGCCCUCCGACCCACCUCGAGAUCCCUGGCUGUGACCAGUGAAAGGAGUGGCACCGAUAUGACAGAUGCAGCUACUGCCACUCAGGCCCAACAUUUGAGCUCAUCUAAUCACCCAGAUGCUAAAGAAAACACUCCAACACCAAAACCAGGGCAACUCUUUGGAAUCCUGAAAGCAGAUUUUCUCAUCCCAGUUCUGAUGAACCCAGAAGACAUGAAAGACCAAUUUUUGAGUGAGAUCCAAGAAGUCUUAAAGCUUACAUUAGGUCAUGAGCAAUUCAGAUUGAAAUGGGUUGGCUUUGAAGUAAACAAAAAAUAGCACACGUCUACUGUGACCUGGAGUCUCCUCACACAAUUUUCUCUGGAUUUUGAGUGAAUUUUAGUGUUUUAAUUCAUAGUAAAACAGGAGUAGAAGUCACUAGAUAUGUGAAGAGGCUAACUGGUGGAAUUUCAGACCUAUACUUAGCCUUGUGAGAAAACUACUUAUGAGACCUGCAUCCUGGGGUUUUAAAGAAUGAAGGUAAGCAGAAGAUGGGGGGUAUUUGGAAAUAACCUUGAGAAUUACAAGCAAACAAGAACAAAAAACCCCAACGAGACAACAAAAAUCCUGAAACAAACCACAUUAAUCUGUUGGGGAAUUAAGAGAGGAUAGUACUGGUCUGGAGAGCUGAGUGGGGCCAUACUUUCAAUAAAGUGGAGGACAUUUUCUUCACCAGUCACAAGCUAGUAAAGAGAUUUCCAACUCUCCAGAAUGAGGAGCUCUCUAAGGGUGUUAUUACAAUACAAUAUGUGUUAAUGCUAGCUC